AUGACGACGAACAUUUCGAUGGAGAUGGCUGAGAAUGACAAUAUUUAUGCCCUUCCGAAGAAGCGGAAAACCUCAAGUUUCGUGUUCUGGAACCAGGCACGCCUCUAUAUUAUGCUUUUAUCGUGAGUGGCCGAACUGUUUCCCCGUGGCCUAACUUUCCAAAUGUGUGUGUGUUUUCAGGUUAUUAUGUCUGACAUUGGCUCAAAUGAACUCGCUCACUUUCAAUUUCACCGUCAUUUGUAUGGAUGACAUUGUUUCGGAUCAUCACGCCCGCAAUUUGAGCGGUAAGAGUUUGGGAGCGGGGAAAGUUAGGCGACGGAUCGAAAGAAGAGGACUAGGCCACGAAACUAGAAAGGAAAGCUAGACGACUCAACUUUGAGCGUGUUUCAGGCGCCCACUGGAUGGAAUCGCCCUCGCAAAAGUCGGUGCUCUUCUCGGGAGCAGCCAUCGGAGCCAUGAUCGGCCUGAUCCCGUCGGUGCCGCUGAUGAGUCGGCUGGGAAUGCGCAACAUGCUCACCGCUUCCGGUCUCGUCUCCGCCGCCGGUUCCGUCUUCUUCCCGCCGGCCGUCGCCUUCCACUAUUAUGCGGUUCUCGCGUGUCGCAUCCUUCAAGGCCUCGGCAUUUCCAUCCUAUUCACCGUCGUCGGCGUGAUUCCGGGCGUCUGGGCGCCAAAUGACGAGAUGGGCACUUUUUUGGCGAUUCUCUCGUGUGCCUUCCAGUUGAGCAGUAUCAUUUCGAUGCCCGUUUCGGCUCUAUUAUGUGAAUCCGAGUUUGGCUGGACGUCCAUUUACUAUCUAUUCGGCGUGCUCACAUUUGUCGCCUACACUCUAUUCUAUGUGUUUUAUACAGACUCGCCCGACAUUCACACAAAUGUCUCGGAAAAGGAGCUGCGAAGAAUCGAAGAGGGAAAACUGAAAAUCGAUAAUGAGCGGCGGGAGAAGGAAGCGGUUCCGUACGGGGCGAUUUGCACGGACACCACCGUGCUCAUGGCGUGGCUCUCGGUUUUCGGCGGAAACUUUGCAUUCUUCAUCCUCGUCCUCUACGGUCCAACCUAUCUACGCGACAUUCUGCACUUUGACGUCAAACGCACCGGAUUCGCGAGUGCUUUGCCGUUCCUCCUUUCCGCUAUUGUCAAAUUUGGCGCCGGGCAAUUGUCGGACCGCAUGCAAUUUGUGUCGCAAAAGGUUCGGAGCAGUGCAAAUAUUGUGUGUUCUCGCAACAAAAACAUGCUCUCAGACCCGCUUCACAUUUUGUGCAAUCGUCUCUCAAGUCGGUGUGGCCGCCGGUUUCAUCGUCAUGGCAAUGGUGAGUGUUGCGAGCGUGCAACUAUUGUUGCUUUUACAAAAUUGUCAGACAACCGACCGAUUUGUCGCUCAACUCGCCUACACAUUCGCCAUAACCGCGUCGGGUUUGAAUAUUAUGGGUACGAUUAAAUGUGUCCAAUUGGUGAGCAGCUUACAUGAUUCACUUUAACACCGCCGAUUCUUGAGCGCUGCCGUCAACACGUGCAUUUUGCCAUCUCUGUCAUUUCCUUCUGUGCCUACCUCAUUCAAUUUGUCGCUCCGAUUGGUGUAGGCAUUUUGGUGGCCGAUAAUACUCGAGAAGAGGUGCAUUCAAUUGAAUCUUCCUUCCUUUCAUCAUUAUUCCUUUUUGCAGUGGUCCCAACUAUUCUUCAUCGUUUCUGUGGCCGUCGUCGUCUUCAACGCCCCCUUCCCGUUCCUAACCUCUGCCGAACCGGGACCUUUUGUGAAAUGUUCUCUCAAAGUGUAG